AAAGCCAUUGAUCUGGUGACGAAAGCCACAGAGGAGGACAAAGCCAAGAACUACGAGGAGGCGCUGCGGCUGUACCAGCAUGCCGUGGAGUACUUCCUGCACGCCAUCAAGUAUGAGGCUCACAGUGACAAGGCCAAGGAGAGCAUUCGAGCCAAGUGUGUGCAGUACCUAGACCGGGCGGAGAAGCUGAAGGAUUAUUUAAAAAACAAAGAGAAGCACAGCAAGAAGCCCGUGAAGGAGAAUCAGAGCGAGGGCAAGGGUAGUGACAGUGACAGCGAAGGGGAUAAUCCAGAGAAGAAGAAGCUGCAGGAGCAGCUCAUGGGUGCUGUUGUGAUGGAGAAGCCCAACAUACGGUGGAAUGACGUGGCCGGGCUGGAGGGGGCCAAGGAGGCCCUCAAAGAAGCUGUCAUUUUGCCAAUUAAAUUCCCACACUUGUUCACAGGCAAGCGCACCCCUUGGCGAGGAAUACUGCUCUUCGGACCCCCUGGCACAGGGAAAUCCUAUCUGGCCAAAGCUGUGGCAACAGAGGCCAACAACUCCACCUUCUUCUCCGUGUCCUCCUCUGAUCUGAUGUCUAAGUGGUUGGGGGAGAGUGAGAAGCUCGUGAAGAACCUCUUCGAGCUGGCCAGGCAGCACAAGCCCUCCAUCAUCUUCAUCGACGAGGUAGACUCCCUGUGUGGGUCCCGAAAUGAGAACGAGAGCGAGGCUGCCCGGAGGAUCAAAACAGAGUUCCUGGUCCAGAUGCAGGGGGUGGGGAACAACAACGACGGGACUCUGGUGCUUGGUGCCACAAACAUCCCCUGGGUGUUGGACUCGGCCAUUAGAAGGAGGUUCGAAAAGCGCAUUUACAUCCCGUUGCCUGAGGAAGCUGCCCGCGCCCAGAUGUUCCGGUUGCAUCUGGGGAGCACUCCCCACAACCUCACAGACGCCAACAUCCACGAGCUGGCCCGGAAGACAGAGGGCUACUCGGGCGCAGACAUCAGCAUCAUCGUGCGGGACUCCCUCAUGCAGCCUGUCAGAAAAGUCCAGUCGGCAACGCACUUCAAGAAGGUCUGUGGCCCUUCCCGAACCAACCCUAGCAUUAUGAUCGAUGACCUCCUGACUCCGUGCUCGCCAGGGGACCCAGGGGCCAUCGAGAUGACCUGGAUGGAUGUCCCUGGUGACAAACUCUUAGAGCCUGUGGUUUGCAUGUCUGACAUGCUCCGGUCUUUGGCCACCACCCGGCCCACGGUGAAUGCGGAAGACCUCCUGAAAGUGAAGAAAUUCUCAGAGGACUUUGGACAGGAGAGUUAAGAGCUUCUUCACCUGGGUGAUGAUGAAGGUGGCAAGUAGGCUGGGGCAAAUCCACAGUACUCCCUAAGUCAGUGGCCAGACAGGGCUCCAGGUGCGCUGUAGUCACUACGGCUCCUCUGCCAUCCGCUGCCAGCCAGGGAGCAGGAAGACGCCCCGCAGCGCAGACGCCCCGCAGCCCUUUCCACUGGGAGGACGCUGGCUGUCCCUACUUCUCCCUCCUGGAUGCUUACCGACUCCUUCCUCUUUUUUUUUUUUUAACUUCUUGUUUUGUUUUGUUCCCCUAAAUUAAUGCUGCUUUGAUUUCUGUCUUGUUUAUAAAUAAAAUCACCUAGAAGUGUCAAGCAGGGGAGCAGCCAGGCCCAGCCCCUGCUCCCUUCACACCCAACUUCAGCCCCUUGAGGACAGACUGAUGGAAGUAAGAAAAGCCAUUCCCACCCUCCUGGUGCGCCUCCAGGCCGUCUUCCCUGCAGGAGGAAGCGGUUUCUGUGAGCACAGGGCUGCUGUGAUGGGAAGGCGGGCAGGCGGUCUUCACUGCUGCCUUUCCUUCCUGGGUGUGAGAACGCCGAGCCCCGCCACUGCCCCCGGGGCCUUGUCCUGGAGAUGUCUAAUAAAUCCCUUCCCUUCUUGAACCAGA